AAUAUCCUUUCUAAUUCACGUUGUUGUUGAAAAAAUUUCUUAGGGAAGACUAAUUUCAAGAACUUGUGAUGCACUUCUCUAAAGAAAGAACACAGUCACUAAAAUAUCUGGCAGAAGCUUGCGGGCUUCUACUCAACUCCAGUGAAGAUCCUGCUGAGAAUUAGUCGUCUACUUUUUCCAAAACUUCUUGUGUGAUGCAACUUGAUGACGGCAACCAUUAGGAAUCGGGGAAAAUCUUUAAGAUGAAGAGAUGCCUUUUUCUUUCUGGGAAAGCGCAUAAACAAAAAGCAAGAAAGACAGUGGAUUAUCAAGUAAGCAUAUCCCAGGCCAACACUUCACCAAUCAUCUUAAAACCACCAUCCACUGAGGUUUGUUGUUCAUGACCUCAUGUUCCCUUGGUGUUUUAUUUAACAUCUGCUAUGUGUGUUUCUCCUCUCCACCUUUUCCCUCUCUAUCACCAAUACUUAUCUUUCAUUUUCUCUCAAAUUCUCAUUCCCUUCUUCAUGGCUCAAAUUUCACCAUCUCCCACACCUAGUCCCACAGUCAGCGCCCCUUCAUGCCAUGAUCAAUCCCAGGAACCAACUAUGGAUUUCAAUGUAAUGGUCAUAGUUGCUGCAAUGUUAUGUGCCUUAGUUUGUGCCUUGGGCCUCAAUUCCAUGUUACAAUGUGUAUUUCAAUGCACGCAACGUACGGUAACGGAAACAGCAGAAUGGAUAUCUUCUCACAGACAGAACUCCGGUUUAAAGAGGAGAGAAAUGUUAGGUUUGCCAAUUUCAACUUAUGCCCAUCAAGGUUCACCAUCAUCAACUUCAGGUUGCGCUAUUUGCCUAGCAGACUUCACCGACGGUGAUAAAAUAAGGGUCUUGCCUAAAUGCAAUCAUGAGUUCCAUGUUGAUUGCAUUGACAAGUGGCUACUCUCUCACUCUUCAUGUCCUACUUGUCGGCAUAGGCUCAAGUCCAUUGAUGAAUCAGUGCCUUCUCUGGAGCAGAUAGUCACUGUCUAACGAAGUAAAAAAUUUGUUGACUGUUUAUAAAUAUAUAUGUGUGUGUAUGUGUGU